AUGCCUUCGUUGCUGUUCGUAGAGGACUUAAGUCGGAACGAGCUGACAGCGAUCAGUAGAAGAACGUUCAGAGGAUUGACAGCAUUGAAGAGCUUACAUCUGGAUGGAAAUCACCUCAAGUGUAUCGAUGAGAAGGCGUUCGAAAACUUGAAAAGUCUCGAAGUGCUAACUCUGAAUAACAAUAAUCUGACGUACUUAGCCCUGGAGCCAGCUGCUAUCACAAGGUUGAACACGCUGCGGUUGACCGACAAUCCUGUCGUUUGUGAUUGCCGUGUCGCGAGGCUGUCAACUGCUGUAAGGGCUGCAGGAAUUUUAGGAGUUGGCGCCAGGUGUCAAGCUCCAGCUGCUUUAAGAGGCGCUCUCCUGACAGAGCUGGAGGCACAUGAGCUGAUCUGCAGUGGUCCAACCACAACAGUUACAGUGGAGUGUUCAGCAGAACCUCGCUGCCCACCUCCGUGCCGCUGCACUCCUGAAGGUACCGUUGACUGCCGAGAGAAGCUUCUAUCAGAAUUACCUGUCACCAUCCCCCAUAGGGCCACUGAAAUUCGCUUGGAACAGAACGAGAUAACCGAGGUCCCUGCUGGUGCCUUCUCAUCUGUCAAACGUGUCGCAAGAAUAGACCUAUCCAAUAACAAAAUAACAAAACUAGCAGCAGAUUCCUUCAACGGUUUAGUUCAUUUAACUUCUUUACUUCUCAACUCUAAUGAAAUUACUUGUGUACGGAAGGAUACUUUUAGAGAUCUUCAGAAUCUGAAGUUAUUGUCUCUAUACGACAAUAAUAUCAGGUCCCUGCCAAACGGUUCCUUUGAUGCUUUAACAGGAAUUCAGACUUUACAUUUGGGAAGAAAUCCUUUUGCUUGUGAUUGCUCACUUCGAUGGCUUGCGGCGUACUUAAGGAAGAACCCUAUUGAAACAUCAGGUGCAAAAUGCGACUCUCCCAAACGCAUGAGUCGGAAGAGAAUAGAUGCUUUGAGAGAAGAAAACUUUAAAUGCAAACCGGGAGAAGAGUCCGCUAACGCGUGUGGUGCCUCAGCAGCGUGCCCAGGCGCCUGCACAUGUGAAUACGGCGCUCGCGCUGUCAGCGUGGCUUGCGCUCGCGCAGCUUUGACUGAAGUACCUCGAGAUCUACCUGUCAAUACUGAUGCACUAUUAAUGUCAGACAACAGCCUGGGUCAAAUCAAAUCUGAUGGUCUAUUUGGACGGCUCCCCGACCUCACCAAGUUGGAUCUUAGAAAUAACGGCAUAACAGUAAUAGAAGACAACGCCUUCGAUGGAGCAGCAAAUAUCCAGGAGUUGUUGCUGGAUGGAAACUUGAUACAGAGCGUCACAGACAAGAUGUUUUUUGGACUUCAUAGUUUAAGCAUUUUAUCUCUAACCGACAACAAGAUCAAAUGCAUCACUCCUGGCGCUUUUGAUCACCUCACCAUGUUAUCGACAUUGAACUUGGAAUCGAAUCCUCUCGAUUGCACGUGCCAUAUAUCCUGGCUUCCCAACUGGCUGCGAACCAGAAGACUAUCACCAUCAGCUACCUGUAGAACUCCAGCGGCCCUCAGGGAUGCAAAUCUCCAACAUUUGGAGGUAUCGGACUUCAAAUGCACCGCGGAAGAUAAAGGCUGUUUAUCUUCAGAUUACUGUCCCUCUCAGUGCACAUGUACCGGGACUGUGGUGAGGUGCUCACGAGCACAGCUGAAGAGCGUCCCGCAGAAUAUUCCAAAACAGACCACAGAAUUGUACUUAGAAUCAAACGAGAUCACGUCCAUUUUACCUGACCAGAUCCGUCAUUUGACGCAGCUCACGAGACUGGAUUUAUCCAAUAACGCCAUCAGUGUCAUCACCAAUAAUACCUUCGAAGGCCUCACAAAGUUAUCCACGCUGAUUGUAAGCUACAACCAGCUAAGAUGUGUACAGAGGGAUGCUCUUAAAGGUUUAACACAGUUAAGGGUUCUCUCUCUCCAUGGCAACAACAUAUCCAUGCUUGCUGAUGGAGUCUUCAGAGAUUUGGAAUCAAUUUCUCAUGUUGCCUUAGGAUCAAACCCACUGUACUGCGACUGUAACGCCCGCUGGUUAUCAGAAUGGGUGAAGAGCGCUGGAGAGUACGUAGAGCCUGGUAUAGCUCGCUGUUCAGAACCCAUUGCAAUGAGGGACAAGCUAAUUUUAAGCACUCAGUCAAGCGCUUUUAUUUGUAAAGCCAAACCUCCAGCAGAAAUAAUAUCCAAAUGUGACAGUUGCUAUAGCAACCCUUGUCGCAACGGAGGGUCAUGUCGAGCGAGGGGCGCGGGAGGGCAUGAGUGCCUCUGUGCGAGGGGAUACCAUGGUGACUCUUGCCAACAUCAGAUAGACGCUUGCUAUGGCUCGCCUUGUGCUCAUGGCAUCUGUCAUGUGCUCGAAGAAGGACGUUUCCGAUGUUCCUGUCAAGCUGGAUACACCGGAGCUCGCUGUGAAGUGAACAUAGAUGAUUGUGUUGCCAAUAAGUGCCAGAAUAAUGCAACCUGUGUUGAUCACCUCGAGGGGUACUCCUGUAAAUGUGCUCCGGGAUUCAUGGGAGAAUAUUGUGAGAAGAAAAUACCUUUCUGCACAAAGGAGUUCAAUCCUUGCGAGAAUGGAGCAGUCUGCACAGAUCAUCACAGCCAUUACACUUGCGCUUGUCCCAAGGGAUAUUCCGGCCAGAACUGCACCGUCAAUGCUGAUGACUGCAUCAAUCAUAUGUGUCAGAACGGUGCGACCUGCGUGGACGGGCUGGACGAGUACCGGUGCGCGUGCGCGGGCGGGUACGCGGGGCGCUACUGCGAGGCGGCGCCGCACGCCGCGCUGGGCACGUCGCCGUGCGCGCACCACGACUGCGUGCACGGCGUCUGCUACCUGCCGCAGGCGCGGAGGGCGCUACAGGAUGAUAUAAUAAUGGAACGACCUCUCCUCAGCACAGCAAACGAUUAUCUUUGUAAAUGUGCACCGGGAUACUCAGGUCGACUCUGUGAAUAUUUGACUUCGCUAACGUUCAGUCACAACGAUUCUUUGGUUGAAUUGGAACCUCUGAGAACUGCUCCGCAAGCCAAUGUCACUCUAGUAUUCAGUACGACACAACUUCACGGCGUUCUUAUGUACUUCGGAGAGAAUGAACAUCUAGCUGUGGAGUUGUUCAACGGUAGAAUCAGAAUUAGUUACGAUAUUGGAAACCAUCCGACGUCUACCAUGUACAGCUUCGAGAUGGUGUCCGAUGGUAACUACCACAAGGCGGAGCUGAUUGCCAUCAAAAAGAACUUUACCUUGAAGGUGGAUGAUGGUCCAGCCAGGUCUAUCAUCAAUGAAGGUACUAAGGAAUAUCUUCGGCUCGAAAGACCAAUGUAUCUUGGUGGGGUACCUGAAGAUAUCGCCAAAGAAGCGUUCAGCAAAUGGCAUCUAAGAAAUAUAACUAGUUUCAAAGGGUGCUUGAAAGAAGCAUGGAUAAACCACAAGAGAGUGGAUUACGUGAAUGCAGUAAGAGUACAAAGAACUUCAGCUGGCUGCGGAGAAGAUGAACCUACGACAUCUUCAGUAGCCACUGUAUUCAUACAAGAAGACGCUGGAAGACAUAAUCAGGAUCCCUGUGUACCGAACCCAUGCGCACGCGGAGGACGAUGUGUGAGAGAAGAAGGUUCACCAUCAGAUUACACCUGCAGAUGUCGCGCUGGUACAGCUGGUCCUCAGUGUGAGCUUCGGGCUUCUAUAGGAGGAGCUCCAGUGAUCACCCAAGGCAACAAACAGCCUCCUCGAAAGCAGGCCAUCAGCAAUGUGCAAGCUUCUCCAGCUGCACCCUCCCACAAACAACAAAUGCCAUCAGAACAUACACCAUCACAACCAACAUCUGCUACUGGUGCUUGCAGAAAGGAAGCAACCCGAGAAGUGAUCACAGAAGGAUCGUGUCGCAGCAGAAGGGCGGUGCGAGGAGCUCGCUGCAUAUGGCGAGGAUCCCGCCCAUCCUGCCCUAAUGGACAUUGCUGUGCACCUAGGAAGACUAAAAAGAGAAAGAUAAGAUUGGUAUGCACCGACGGCACAAGAUACACCAAAGAUAUCGAGAUAGUCAGGAAAUGUGCUUGCGGCAAAAAAUGUCCACGAAACUCCCCGUUCCACUAA